CUUCCGGACAGCGCAGCGCUCGCUGGCUGUGGCACGAGGAGGAAAAGUAACUGUCAAGACGCGCGCGUCUCCGCUUACAUCUCAGCAGCGCGAUUUACUUGAAGAUGCAGCCACCCGCCGGGACUGGAUUGAAGCUCUUGCUGUGGAUUUUUGGCCACAUCAGCAUCUCUCAGGCUGCUUUUCCAUCAUCCCAAAAAUGUGAUGAAGCCCUCGUCACGCCGCUCCCUCAUAAUGCCUUCACCAGCUCCUCUGUGUUCACCGGUGGCUAUGCACCUGGAUAUGCCAAGCUAAAUAAAAGAGGAGGCGCUGGGGGUUGGUCUCCGCUGGACAGCGAUCAUUAUCAGUGGCUGCAGGUCGACCUGGGAAGCAGGAAACAGGUCACAGCCGUUGCCACACAGGGUCGAUAUAGCAGCUCUGAUUGGACGACCCGCUACCGACUUCUGUACAGUGACACAGGCAGGAACUGGAAACCGUAUCAUCAAGAUGGUAACAUCUGGGCAUUCAUGGGUAACUCCAAUACGGAGAGCGUGGUUCGGCAUGACCUGCAAAACACAAUUGUGGCCCGUUACUUGCGUAUCAUUCCCUUAGACUGGACUGAAGAGGGACGGAUCGGCCUCAGGUUCGAGAUCUACGGGUGCCCUUACUGGGCAGAUGUGAUUAAUUUUGACGGGCAGGGGGUGAUCUCUUACCGCUUCAAAAUGAAGAAGAUGAAGAUUUUGAAGGACGUGAUAGCUCUGAAGUUUAAAACAUCAGAGAGUGAAGGGGUGAUUCUGCACGGAGAGGGUCAACAGGGGGACUACAUCACUUUGGAGUUGAGAAGAGGCAGACUUCUGAUCCAGAUAAACCUUGGCAGUAAUCAGUACGGCUCCAUCCUGGGCCAUACGUCUGUGACCAGCGGCAGUCUUCUGGACGACCAUCAUUGGCAUUCUGUUGUAAUUGAGCGCUACAGGAGAAAUGUCAAUUUUACUCUGGAUCAGCAUACUCAGCACUUCCGCACCAACGGGGAGUUUGACCACCUUGACCUGGAUUAUGAGCUGAGUUUCGGAGGAAUGCCUUAUUCUGGGAAGCCAAUCUCUGGAGCCAGACGAAACUUCAAAGGAUGCAUGGAAAGCAUCAACUACAAUGGAGAGAACAUCACUGACCUAGCCAGAAGAAAAAAACUGGACACCUCCAGCUUCCGGAACCUGACCUUCUCUUGCGUGGACACGCACACGUUCCCCGUGUUUUUCAACGGCACCAGCUUCCUGCAGCUGCCAGGCAGAAGAGACCACAACAUGGUUUCUAUAGGUUUCCAGUUCCGAACCUGGAACCCCAGAAGCCUGCUCCUUUUUAGCUCCCUGGCAGACGGAAUGCUGGAAUUGGCUCUAAAUGAUGGAAAAGUCACAGCGCACAUCAACGUCACCCAGCAAAAAAACAUGCGUGUAGACCUUGCGUCAGGUUCUGGUCUGAAUGAUGGAGAAUGGCAUGAUGUUCGCUUCCUGGCCAAAGAGAACUUUGCCAUGCUGACCAUUGAUGGCGAUGAAGCGUCGGCUGUGAGAACCAACUCACCUGUGCAGAUCACAACAGGAAGCACGUACCACUUUGGAGGUUAUUUUUUAAGAACCAGAGCAUCUCCGUCCCAGCGUUCAUUCCAGGGCUGCAUGCAGCUCAUCCAGGUGGACGAUCAGCUGGCCGAUCUGACAGCGGUGGAGCAGGGAAGAAGCGGCGCCUUCGAGAACGUCAGCCUGGACAUGUGUGCCAUAAUUGACAGAUGUAUGCCAAACCAUUGUGAACAUGGAGGCCGAUGCAGUCAGACGUGGGAUGGGUUUACGUGCAUGUGUAAUGGGACAGGGUAUGCAGGAGCCACCUGUCAUACAUCGGUUUAUGAGCAGUCCUGUGAGGCCUACAAGCACUUGGGCAGAUCAUCAGACGCCUACUGGAUUGACCCAGAUGGAAGUGGACCUUUAGGCCCCUUCAAAGUCAUCUGCAACAUGACGGAAGACAAGGUGUGGACGACUGUGGUGAAUAACCUGCCGGCACAGACGGCAGUAACAGGCUCCAGUCGGGAGAGAAGGACUGUACUUCAGCUCAACUACAGCGCCUCUAUGGAGCAGGUCACAGCUAUAACCAACAGUGCUGAACACUGUGAACAGCACAUAGCCUACGCAUGCCGAAUGUCACGACUGCUCAACACACCAGAUGGAACGCCCUACACCUGGUGGGUUGGCCGGGGGAACGAGAAACACUUUUACUGGGGCGGCUCUGCACCCGGCAUUCAGAAAUGUUUGUGCGGCAUCGAGCGCAACUGCACCGACUCCAAAUAUUACUGCAACUGCGACGCCGACCAGAAGCAGUGGCAGGAAGAUUCUGGGGUUUUAGUGUAUAAAGACCACUUACCGGUAAGCCAAGUGGCCAUCGGAGACACAAAUCGACCCGGAUCAGAGGCCAAGCUGACGGUGGGACCUCUUCGUUGCCAUGGAGACCGAAGCUACUGGAAUGCAGCGUCCUUCAACACACCGUCUUCGUAUCUGCACUUCUCCACUUUUCAAGGAGAAACAAGUGCUGACAUCUCCUUUUACUUCAAGACAUCUGCUCCCUACGGCGUCUUCCUGGAGAACCUCGGGAACACGGAUUUCAUUCGUCUGGAGUUGAAAUCAUCUACGGUGGUGUCGUUCUCAUUCGAUGUCGGAAACGGGCCUGUGGAGCUAAACGUUCACUCUCCCAGUCGUGUGAACGAUGACCAGUGGCACCGGGUGAGUGCGGAGAGGAACAUGAAAGAAGCCAUUCUGACACUAGACCAGAAAUUCAAAGAGAUCCGACCUGCUCCUACGCAAGGACACACACGUCUGGAGCUCUACAGCCAGCUUUAUGUUGGUGCAGCGGGAGGUCAGAGAGGAUUUCUCGGAUGCAUCCGAUCUCUCAAGAUGAACGGGGUGACCCUUGAUUUGGAGGAGAGAGCGAAGGUCACGCCUGGAGUGAAACCCGGGUGCUCGGGUCACUGCACCAGUUUCGGGGUGUAUUGCCGUAACGGGGGCAAGUGUGUGGAGAAAUACAACGGCUAUUCUUGUGACUGCACCUCCACAGCCUAUGAUGGACCUUCAUGUACCAAAGACGUCGGAGGUUUCUUUGAGGCAGGGACACUGGUCAGAUAUAACCUCACACCAGACGGGGUGGCCGCAGCCUCCGGCUUGGAUGACAAGAGCAUAACUCAUAGCGCUUCAACAGAUAUGAACCUUACACGCGAAGACCUCACCUUCAGUUUCAGUACCUCCACGUCUCCUAGCGUUCUGGUCUAUGUCAGUUCUAAAACCCGGGACUACAUGGCAGUGGUGCUUCGUCUUAAUGGUAAGACAUGUUGA